UGUUGAGCAGUCUAGCAGCUGAGAGCAGCGAGCGCCCUGCUCUAGUCCGGCUUUGGAACUGAAGUGUGUGAACGCUAGUCCUGGGGCCAGGACCCAGGAGCGGCCCGCCGGGAUUGAGGCCAGGGCGCCGCGCUGAGUCUCGGAGGCCCCAAUUCGGACCGAGAGAAGGGCCGAGCCUGCCGGCCAACCGGGCAGGCGCAGCGUCCGAACGAGUCGGGGCGUAGGAUCGCGGAAGGCAGGAGACGGCCGCGAGCCCCGGGCAGAGGGCAGAGUGCAGAGAGCGGCCUGGCGCGGCGGAGGGCGCCGCCCGGCCGGAACCGAGCUCGCCGCGCGGGACGCUAGCCCCUCGCGGACGCAGUUCACCGGUGGCCGGGGGUGCAGGGCGACUCCCCGGCCCACGGCGGGGGGCGUGCCCCCUCCCAGCCCGCCGCCUUGCGCCGCCCGCCCGCCCGCGGGGGCAUGUGAGUGGGAAGCCAUCUGCCAGCCGCGAGGACCGCACCGGGAGCAGCAGGAGCGCGGAGCCGCGAGCCCGGCACAGAGCCCGGCAGAGUAACCCCCUAACAGCACCACCAAACAUGGAGGAAGAUGGCCAGGGAGUUGAUGCUUGGUGCUUCGGAUGCAGCAGGAUGUCCAUGAGGAGCCCCGUCUCUGCCCAGCUGGCCCUGGAUGGCGCUGGCACCAUGGUGAACUGCAUCAUCAAGUCUGAGGAGAAGAAGGACCCUUGCCACGAGGCCCCCCUGGCUUCGGCUGUUGCGGCUGAGCCCCAGCCAGGAGACCCCGCCCGGGCCCCCCCAGACGCUGCAGACCCCCAGGCUCCAGCUCAGGAGUGUAGCUCUCCAGAAAGCAGCGGGUCUCCAGAGCCAAAGCGACCGGGUGCCUCUGAGGCAGCCUCUGGAAGCCAGGAGAAGCUGGACUUCAACCGCAACCUACAGGAGGUUGUGCCAGCCAUCGAGAAGCUACUGUCCAGUGACUGGAAGGAGAGGUUUCUGGGACGGAGCUCUCUGGAAACCAAGGAUGUCAAAGGGACCCAAGAGAGCCUGGCAGAAAAGGAGCUGCAGCUUCUGGUCAUGAUCCACCAGCUGUCUGCCCUGCGGGACCAGCUCCUGACGGCCCACUCAGAGCAGAAGAACAUGGCCGCCAUGCUCUUUGAGAAGCAGCAGCAGCAGAUGGAGCUGGCCCGGCAGCAGCAGGAGCAGAUCGCCAAGCAGCAGCAGCAGCUGAUUCAGCAGCAGCAUAAGAUCAACCUCCUUCAGCAGCAGAUACAGCAGGUCAACAUGCCUUAUGUCAUGAUCCCAGCCUUCCCCCCAAGCCACCAGCCUCUGCCUGUCACCCCCGACUCCCAGCUGGCUUUGCCCAUUCAGCCCAUCCCUUGCAAACCAGUGGAGUACCCUGCACUGCAGUUGCUGCACAGCCCCCCUGCGCCCAUAGUGAAGAGGCCAGGGGCUGUGGCCGCCCACCACCCCCUGCAGGAGCCCUCCCAGCCCCUGAACCUUACAGCCAAGCCCAAGGCUCCCGAGCUGCCCAAUACCUCCAGCUCCCCCAGUCUGAAGAUGGGCUCUUGUGGCCCCCGACCCCCCAGCCACGGAGCUGCCACACGGGACCGGCCACCCAGCCCGCCCAGCCUGCCUCUGGGCUUCCUGGGUGAAGGGGAUGCUGUCACCAAAGCCAUCCAGGAUGCCCGACAGCUGCUGCACAGCCACAGCGGGGCCUUGGACAGCUCCCCCAGCACGCCCUUCCGCAAGGACCUCAUCAACUUGGACUCAUCGCCCGCUAAGGAGCGCCUGGAGGAGAGCUGUGUGCACCCUCUGGAAGAAGCCAUGUUGAGCUGUGACAUGGAUGGCUCCCGGCAUUUCCCUGAGUCCCGGAACAACAGCCACAUCAAGAGGCCCAUGAACGCCUUCAUGGUGUGGGCCAAGGAUGAGCGCAGAAAGAUCUUGCAGGCCUUUCCGGACAUGCACAACUCCAGCAUCAGCAAGAUCCUUGGCUCCCGUUGGAAGUCCAUGAGCAACCAGGAGAAGCAGCCCUACUAUGAGGAGCAGGCACGGCUGAGCCGGCAGCACCUGGAGAAGUACCCAGACUACAAGUACAAGCCACGGCCUAAGCGCACCUGCAUCGUGGAGGGCAAGCGGCUGCGUGUGGGCGAAUACAAGGCCCUGAUGAGGACCCGCCGGCAGGAUGCCCGCCAGAGCUACGUGAUCCCCUCACAGGCUGGCCAGGUACAGAUGAGCUCCUCAGAUGUCCUGUACCCCCGGGCAGCAGGUGUGCCCCUGGCUCAGCCACUGGUGGAGCACUAUGUCCCCCAGAGCCUGGACCCCAACAUGCCUGUCAUCGUCAACACCUGCAGCCUCAGGGAGGAGGGAGAGGGCACCGAAGACAGGCACUCGGUGGCCGACGGUGAGAUGUACCGGUACAGCGGGGACGAGGACUCCGAGGGUGAAGAGAAGAGUGACGGGGAGCUGGUGGUGCUCACAGACUGAGUCGGUGCCAGCCUGGCCCUCCCUGCCCCACCUGUGGGCCUAGCCCGCUGGCCCGGACUGUGUUGGUACUUGGACUUGGGACGCCCGGGGUUGGUCUGGCUGUGCAUGAGUAGAUAAAUUGGCAAAGGGAGAGCCCUCCUCCCCAGAGACACCCACAGCAGUAAUGGGCAAGCUGGCUGAGCUCCUUGGUUCCUGCAGGGCACACUGGGUGGCCAUUACCUCUGGCAGAUCCCCCACCCCGGGGUGUGACAGCUGUACAUCUGUCCCCCGGAGGCACAUGCUUUGAUUCCAUGCUUGUCCUGUGGGACCAACACCCUCUCCCACAUGCACACCCAGGUCACUCUUGUCACCACAAUCGCUCUGUGCUCAAUGCAAAAGGGUCUGACUGUCCCUCUGUUUCUGUUAAUCCCUUCGUGCCUCUGAUUGCUGGUGUGUGCGUGUGGAGUGUGUGCGUGUAUGUGUGUGUCUUCAUCCAUUCAUUGCACCAGGUAUUUAUUGCGUACCCACUAUGUGCCGGCCACUGUUGCUUCUCUGGGGGCCUCUUCUGUGCUUCUCUUCGUCCCCAAAUUGCUACCUCUUUGUCAGUCUGGGUGUCUCAGGUUCUGUGUGUCCUCAUGUGCACCUCUGUCCCUGUCUCUCUCUGCAAUGCCCUCUCUGUCUCCCUUGCUCGGGGCUCUGGCCCUGCCCUCCAUGCCCUCUGGAUUUUCUGGGUCCCUGUGGGCCCCCGGACCCUCCCCUCCUCACUCCCCUGCCCCUGGGCUCAUCAGCCCUCCUGAUCUUCCUCCAGACUCUUUGUCAGUUCCCAUGGAGCCAUUUUUAGCUCCAAGCAGGGUAAGUGUGGCCUCAGGCUCCAUGGGGCUUUGUCCUGGUGCCCAACGCCUGGCCGAGUUCCAGGAGUUAGGCAGAAUUGAUAGUGCCCCUUCUCUGUCUGUGACAAGAGGCCCAGUGAGGACCCCAUGGCAGCAGGUCUCCAUUUCUCCCUCCUGAGUUGGGGGCCAGUGGCUCCCCUUUUCCUGAAAACUCAGCUUCCCCUCGCUAGGGACCGGCUCCCCACUGGCUUGCCCAGUUGUGCUCCCCAACAGCAUCAGUCCCAGGGGCACCUGAUCCAAGGUCUCCAACAGCUGGAGUUCACUUUGGCACCCCCUAAUCCCUCAGGGCCUGGCCCCCAUCUCCUGCCCUCCCCCACCUCCUUUUUCCAGGCUGUUUCUUUUUUAUGACUGUAAACAUAGAUAGUGCUUUAUUUUGUUAAUGAGAUAAUGAGUAACUUAACCAGCAUAUUUGUUUUCUGGUGGCAUAAUAAAGACAGACCGUUUCAGAAUGG